AUGACCUCAUCACCUCAAGCAGACGCAAUUGAGCCUGCGCCAAUUCAUUCUCAUCAGCAAACUCCCGAUCAUGUCGAGAAAACGACGGAUACCGCCUCUAUUGCUGGCUCGUUAGACCAACCAGUUGGUCCCGACAUCGAAAGCAACAGCGGAACUAUAGAGCUCCAAGAUCAAUCACAGCGUCUACCAUUCUUCCGACUCAUUCUUGCCUACACCUGUCUAUGUUUCUGCUAUUUCAUCUCUUAUCUAGACAUGAACUCUGUCGCGACAUCAUUGCCCACCAUUUCUGAGGCAUUGGAUGCUGGCCCGACUGUUACUUGGGUCGGAACGUCAUACCUUCUCGGCCAGCUCUCAUUUCAGCCACUUUAUGGCAGAAUAUCCGAUAUCACCGGACGGAAGCCUGUCUUACUAUUCUCAGUGGGCUGUAUCGUAAUGGGCGGUCUUCUCUGUGGCUUCGCUCGCACGCCAGUUUGGCUGUAUGUCUGUCGCACAAUCAGUGGCAUUGGUGGGGGUGGCAUUAGCUCUUCCGUGGCUAUCAUCGUCAGUGAUCUCGUUAGUCUAAGAUCACGAGGGAAAUAUCAAGGGUUUAUUAGCCUUGCCAUUGGGAUCGGAGCUGCUUCUGGUCCAUUUGUGGCCGCUGGGCUAAUCCAACGGACCACUGGCGGAUGGCGAUGGGUCUUCUGGGUCCCAUCGACAAUGGGAGCAGUAUGUUUUGUGCUUCUUCUCCUACUCUUGCCUCUGAAACCCGUUUCAGGAAGCUUCAAAGAAAAGGCUCGUAAGAUUGACUGGAUGGGUGUUAUGGCAUCAAUUGCUGGUAUCGUGUUGACGGUUAUGGCCAUCAACUCUGGAGGCAGCAUGUGGGCCUGGAAGAAUGUCAAGACUAUCUCCAUCCUCACCAUCGGUGUCGUCAUGCUGCUGGUCUUCAUCAUUAUCGAGGCUUUCUUUGCCCGAAUCCCCAUAAUUCCGAUGAGACUGUUUAAGCAAAUAUCCCCAGCUGUACUCAUCCUCACAGGAUUCUUGCACGACUUCGCUUGGCAAUCUACACAGUACUUUGUUCCUCUGUACUACCAAACUGUUCGCGGCUUCACGCCUCUGAAGAGCGCGACGCUCAUUGUACCGUUCCUCCUAGCGCAAGGACUUGCUGGCGCUGCUUCGGGGCCCAUCAUGGCUCAUUAUGCGAGAUACAUGCCUAUAUUGCGGACUGGUUUCACAAUUUGGACAAUCGGCGCAGGCCUCAAGCUUCUGUUCAAUGAGCACACUCAUGUCGCUGUCUAUGUCGUGGUUCUAGCUGUUGAAGGAGCAGGGAUAGGAUGGGUACAUCAGCCAGGCCUUGUUGCUUUGCAGGCCAACUCUGCGGACGAAGAUCGUGCUGUGGCAACAGGAACCCGCAACGUCUUUCGUUCCCUCGGUGGCGUUGUUGGUAUCGCCGUGUCCACAGCCGCAUACUAUGCUACUCUCAGCAAAGCUCUUUUACAACCCAACGCGGUGCCGGAAUGGCUUCGUGACCGAGUCUUGGACGGUACGUGGGCUGUUGGGGACCCCACCACUGCAGAGUUCGAAAGCGCCAUCAUCGAUGCGCGCAUGCAAGGCUUCCGAGUGAUCUUCAUCACCACGAUACCUCUCAUGGCUAUAUGUCUGCUGGUCAGUUUCUUAGUGGAUGAUAUCGUGUUGAAGGGUGAUACCGCUCAGGUAGGCAUGACAGAAGGACGCCGGAUCAGUAGCUCAAUAAUUACUCCCACCGUGCCUUCGGACAGCAAGAGGGAUAUGGGUGGGGCUGAUCAGGGAAGGGCACAGGCAUAA